AUGCAAGCGCGCGCUGAGACGUGGGUGCGCGCGGGCUGCCCGGCGCCCUACGCCUUUCGGUUCCUCGUGCAGCAGUUGGUCUUUCCGGCGCUCGACCACGACGUCGUCGGCCGCACGCUCGCGCUCGCACUGCCGCUGCUCGACCAAACCAUCGUGUCGGUUCAGCGCAUUGGCGUCGACGUCCUCCAGCACGUCGUCGCCGAGGCCACGCCCACGGACGUCCGCUGGCACAGCGAUAUUGUGCUGCACAUGCUGUACGAAACCCUCAAGAUUGCGAUGAGCAACGCGUCUUUUCUGCAAGCCACGCUGCGCUGCCUCGCCGACACGUUGGCGGUGACGUCCGUGGCCCACGAUAUCACGAGCUACGACCGGUUCUUUCCGACGCUACUGCGGUCCUGGGACAUGACCUCGGACGUGACCAUGAAGCGCGUGUACGUCAUUGGACUUCGGCCGUGGAUCGUUGCGAUGGGGGCGCCCCACAGCGUGCAGAUCGUACAGUACCUUCCGUCGAUCCUGACCGUGCUCUUGGCCUGUCUCGAGAACAAGCUACUGACGCUCGAUGCGCUUGAAACGCUGCGCUUGGUCGUUGUCCACGCCUGGGUGCGCAUGCCACAACAUGUGGACGAUGUCGUGCUCGGCCUCUUGCGGUGCUUGGUGUUCAACACGAUCCAGAGCCAUCUCGAGGUCGCGGCAGGGGCACCACAGGAUGCCGUGCUCGCAGAGGUCGUGGGCGUGCUCCGGCUUCUGCAAGCGCUCAAGAAGAAACCCCUUGCGCCGCUGUUGGCGACGAUUGGUGCCGCGUGCACAGAGCUCACGGCCAUUUGUGAUCAAGUACAAGUGGCCAUGGCUGCCUAGGACGAAUGGAAACCUUGAU